GCCACUGCGCCGUCGCCAACUUGUGUAUCGCCUCGCCUCGAUUCUAUCUUCGAGGACUCAAGAUGCGCAUAACAGUGUUUGUCAAUGAAGAGUAGGUACGACUGGGAUCAACUGCUUGCCUGGCGUUUUAUCGGCACUGCGGCGGACUACUACUUCGAUAUUAGAGCGCCCGGGCACUUUUGCCGGUAACAGUAUAACGGUCAGCGAGCAGCCCAACAAAUUCAGACUGACAACUGUCCCGUGCGAGAGCAACGCGCCAUACGCGCCAGGAAGCACCACGUGGGUGAAUGGUUCUGUUUUAAGGGCGUUGUUGAGGCGAGUGCUUAAUCCCCGAAUUCGAUGCCAGAAUUUAUCGCCAUCCCUCUUCUGCCCACUCACAUCCCCUCGUCCAAGGCGUGCGCGGCUCUAGAUAUAGUAGAUCAGGGUAAAUGCCCUUUACAAGAUUGAGCAGGCCAUGUGAACCUCAUGAUUCAAUCUCUGUCGCGUCUUCUCCCGAGGUUUGUUGUGUUUGUCCUCCCUCGUGCCUAUUCCCUGUUCAUAAGCUUAUCAAUAUGGCCUCUGCCGCCGGUCGUGCUGUUUUUUCUUUCGCAACACUGUUUUCAUCGAGGACCAGUUCGUCUCGCCACUGGUCAGCUGCUAAACUUGCAGAUGCGACACCAUGGAUCCAAUACCCUCGCUGUUGGGCGCGUCUGAGGAUGACUCUUGCACCGACUCAACCGGAAUCCUGACCCCGGACAGCAGCCCACUAUUCCACCCUCUGCAUUCCAAAGACGUCCUGAAGCCGAUUCUGUCGCAGAUACUGGACGAUGCGAACCCGUCUCAGCAUCAAAAUGCCGCGUUCUGUGAUUUCGCCCGAACAGAGAGAAUCUGCGUCAUUGGAGCUGGAUAUGUCGGCGGCCCUACUGCGGCAGUAAUGGCAUUGCAUCAUCCUGUCAUUGCCGUGGACGUGCUCGAUCGUGACCCGCAACGAAUUGCGCAAUGGAGUUCGGCUCAUCUCCCCAUCCAUGAGCCCGGGCUCAACAACGUUGUGCGAGUUGCAAGAGACGGCGCGUGCGCCUCUACCUCACGAAGGUCGAACGGCGAUGAGUUAGGGAUGAGCGUUACUGGCUCGAAUGAGACGCUCGAACAGUCACGCGAUCCUAACCUUUUCUUUACCACGCACACCACCGAUAGCAUCUCGCGUGCCGACAUGAUCUUCCUUGCGGUUAACACCCCAACUAAAACCUCAGGAGUCGGAGCCGGGAGAGCUACAAACAUGACCGCCCUGGAUGGUGCUGUAAAGGACAUUGCGCGCUACGCGAAGCCUGGUGCGAUCAUUGUCGAGAAGAGCACCGUGCCGUGUGGGACUGCGCAACGGGUUCGACAGACACUCACGGCGCUGCGACCCGGUGUGCCUUUCGAGGUGCUGUCGAAUCCAGAGUUUUUGUCUGAAGGCACGGCGAUCGAAAAUCUCAUGCGGCCGGACCGUGUCAUCAUCGGCUGUUCUGACACCACUUCCGGCCACUCUGCGGCGGAUGCUCUUGCGCGCUUGUACGAGGCGUGGAUUCCGUCCUCCCGCGUUGUCAAAAUCAACGCUUGGUCGUCGGAGCUCUCGAAAUUGGUCGCUAAUGCCAUGCUCGCACAGCGGAUCAGUAGCAUCAACUCCAUCAGCGCCAUCUGCGAAGCCACAGGGGCGGAUGUGGGAGAGGUGGCUAGGUCGAUCGGGUUGGAUGUACGGAUCGGGCCUCAUUUCCUGAAAGCGGGCCUUGGGUUCGGUGGAUCUUGCUUCCGCAAGGACAUUGCCAGCCUGACUUACCUGGCGGAAUCUUUGGGCUUGCACGAAGUGGCGCAUUACUGGAGCCAGGUCAACACCAUGAACGUCCUGCAACGCGACCGAUUCGCCCGCAGAGUUGUGAAACGGUAUAAUGAGAAUUUGGCCGGUAGGAAGAUCGCCGUGCUGGGCUUUGCUUUCAAAAAGGACACCGGUGACGCCCGCGAGUCUUUGGCUGCCGACGUUAUCAGGGCACUACUGGACGAACAGCCGGCUGAGAUUGCUAUUUUCGACCCCUGCUGUCAAGAAGCAGAUAUGCUUCACGAGAUCCGAUCUACUUACACCUCAUCCGAACCAUUUCCAGCGCAGCUCAGCGCCGUCAGGAUACAUUCGGACCCUCAUCUGGCAUGCUUGGGCGCGAACGCCGUCCUUGUACUGACUGACUGCGACCAAUUCCGCAAUGUGCGUCCAAAUAGAAGCAGGAGCAAAGGAAGAAGUGAGGAAAUGCAAUCACCAUAUCAGAGGAGAAAAAGCAUCCCUUUUAUGCAAUUGGAUGCCCCCACAAACCUGGAACCCAACACCACGACGAGUCCUACAAAACCAAUGGAAGACGAGUCAGACAUUUUCAUGGGAUACAAGCUCGCGCCCGGUCCGAAAUGUGACUUUGACUGUACACUUUGUCAGAACACGUCUCGAAAAUCAAUCACCACCGAGCCCGUCGAUUGGGCCAGAAUCGUGCAGAGCAUGAGAGCGCCGAAAUGGAUUUUCGACGGGAGAGGCAUUCUUGAUGUUCCGGCGUUAGAGAGGUUAGGUGGCGUCAAGGUUGAUGUCGUGGGACGACGGCGGGCAGAGGAGGGAUGGUGGUGUUAGAAAUUGCGGCAUUGCAUUGCAGUGAGUACGGUGAACAGCAUAUCAUAAGUCUAUCUGCACAAGAGUUGUCUCUGGCCAUCUCUAGAGGUUGACAUCGAAUUGAAACUUGAACACUUUUGUAACCGGCGGCCAAAUCACCCGGACGUCCUGUAUAUAUGUGCAGUAGUCGGCAGACAGGCUUAUUAUAUCUCGAGAAAUGGAGGUCUGGUGAACCCGACUCGGUUGGGUUGAGCAGUCGACUCUUUCUUCUGCGAGUCUGAUUCACGGG